UUUUUUUUUUUUUUUUUUUCAUGAAUCUCACUCGCUUUCCGCCCUGCAUUACUCGCGCGCCUUACUGUGUGAUACAACGUAAUUGAUUUGGGAUUCGUCAUGUCCCGCCCAAGUCUAAGUAUCGGGAGUGACUCCCUUCGAAGUUGCCUGGCUCCGCGUGAUCAGUUGUCGGAUCCCGGUUCCGACCUUUCUUAUGACACGGCUCUCCCUCCGAUCACCUCCAAGCCGUUGAUGGUUAGCUCUCGCUCAUACCGCGGCUCGGACCCGUCCAUCGUGCUAGGCGGCUUUCGUGGAAAUCAAAAAGCCGCGGCGGCCCUAGGUUUUGCACCGGACAUGUCGAACAUGGCUCGCGGACCGAACGCUCAUCGUCGGACCGGAAGCACCUUGAAGACCGUUAUGAGGAAGAUCUUCACCCGCAAAGGACGCAGCCAGACAGAUAGUUGUGAAGAGGGUUCUCCGGACUUUCGGUUCAAUCACUCCCCGGAACGACUGCGGGAUAAGGAGACGCCGAAUUACGCCGCGCUGUCCAGUUCGUUAAAAUCGAAAUAUAGCAAACCCAUCGGCGAAGAGUUACGGGGCCCGAAUCCCUUUGACGACACGUUGUUUAAGCACGACAUGGGACCCCUUCGACAACGACGGGCCACGUUGCCCAGUUUGGUCUUCUCGGAUGACGACGAGUCUCGCGAUGCGCUGGAUGCAUUGAUCCACUCGGACCCGGCGGGUACUCGAAGUAAAAGCCCGCGUCUCGGCGACCAUGAAGAGCGACGGCGCGAGCUACUGCGGAGCAAACGACGGUCACGAAGCGCAACAGCUCUUCGGGGGCUGGCAAAGCAUCAUCGAAUGUCUCCUAUCCAAUGGAGACGGCGGAGUAUCGAGUCUUACGUCACAUCGACCGCGUGUGGCGCAGCGUCCGAUACCGAGGUGGUGUCCAUUCGACCCACGACAAGGGGCACGGUAGCCAGUGCGCCGCAGACAGCCGUGGAACCGUCGAUCGACGGGGUUGACCCCUUGGAUGACCGUGUGGAGGAAGCCAGCAUGCCCCCAAAUGUCGGAACCCUGGUCAGCUCCAUGCAACAUGACGAGAGCAUCUCACUCGAACAACGAUUGACCACCUUAGAGGUGAAGCUGAUUGAUCUGGAAUUCGCCAUCGCCCGUAUGCAAACCGAACGGAGUGAACCUUCGCCGACCGCGAUGUCAGGGCGCAAACAGUCGCACAAUGCGAGUCAGCAUAGGCGCAAACAGUCUACAACUCACUCCCCGCCGUCCAGCAGUGAGGCUACAUCCAGCGUCGGAUCGACGGGAGAUCGGCCUUUGAGUACCGCGACCAUUCGGCCGAGCCCACAGCAUAAUCUCCACCGGUCCAAAACCCUACAAACUCCCUCAUUAACAUCCCUCUCGGACCACCAUAGCAGCAUCUCUGUCGAGCAGUACAGCGCUCUGGUGAUGCUCCUCCGACGAGAACAAAACGCACGUCGCAGCCUGGAAAACGAGAUCUCCGGCCUCCGAUCGGAUAUCCAGCAGCUUCAGCAACUGGCUAGAAACUCAAUGGGCCUGAAAACCAUGUACCCAAUCCAAUCGCAGGAGUUUCUACGGCCCGCCCCCACUAGCUAUUCCCAGACCACCUCCCCUACCCGGACGGAGGACAAACUCGGCUCACCGUACGAGAGUGACUCGGAUUAUGAUCGACCCGACACUUCCAAAGACGAUACGUGUCGGCCGAUAUGGCCGCCCAAUCGGCGGGUUGAAAUCGGAAAUAUGAUCUGAUCGCUUGGCUUGUGACAGACCUCCAUCACCAUUGAUUGCAUUACGACCAGCUCUCCCUGACUGGGAGUUAGGGACACGAGUCCUUGGAGGACCUCUCUUGCGCGAGGACAUCGGUUCCUCUUCUUCCCUCUUUUACGAUUUAAUCCUUUUUUGCUGCAUUAUACGUGGCUCCAGCUGACCACUCUACACUACUCUUCUAGCCUGUUUGAUUAUGUUCCCAGCUCACGACUGUGUAAUGACUGAUCAUCCUGAUCUAGACUGUUAUCAGCAAUGUUAUCGUUCUAGGAUAUUAGAUAGCACGGGUUGCUCAUAGACUUGAAUAUAUUACGCCAUCC